AUGUCCGAUAAAAGCUCGACUGCGGGCUCUCAGUCAACCCGGGCAAAAGCAAUCCGAGUUUCGCUGAUUUCAUACGGUCACGCUAAUGGGCCAAUCGUGAGACAACGAAAAGAAGCACCGUAUCACAAAGAUUUGGCUUACAAUAUUCGACACUUACCCAAUCCACCUCGAAAUCUUCGAACGAAUUCAACCGGCCUAUCUAGGCGUCUUCAGAAGGAGUUCCUUCGAAAUGAUAAUGUCGAAGCAUUCUUGCUCGAGGUCCAAGAGAAACUUCAAGCUGCCAUCGAAGAGGCUUACGACCAAUUAAUACACUCAACCUUAGGAAGUGAAACUCAACAAGACCCGGGCAUAGUCGAUGAGUAUCAUAGCCAGAACGCCGAAUCUGGCGAAGACGCUCCCGUGGAAAACUUCGACGUCGAUAUUUUUGUGACAAUAUGCUGCGAAGAGGGCCGUCACCGGAGUGUUGCGUUUGUCGAGGAGUUGGCACGAAGGCUCGCUGUUUUCAAACAUGGAGAUCGGCCCUCCCAAUACUGGAAAAUCCUGAUCGACGUAAAACAUCGGGAUAUCGCUAAUCCCGAGGAACUGGGAGGGCAUUUGGGACAGCAUAAGCUUUCAAACAAGGCCCAAGCAAAAUCUCGACAGCAGGAGCGGAAUGAAAAGGGGAACAGGCAUACAUCACACCCUGAAUACGAUUACUGA